AGUGGCUUACAGUGGGGCGUGGAUUGGAUUUGGGGCGCAUCAUGGCGAGCUCAGACACUGCAAACGAUGUGGUGCCUUCAGCAGUGUUAGAGGACAAAGAUUUGCAGCUGCUUUUGCUGGAUCUAGAUUUCCUGGAGAUCAAGGAUGAUGGGGCUUUGGCUGUCAAGAAGCGGGCCCGCAGUGCUGAGGACCUUGGCGAUCAUGAAAAGCACCAGCAGCAGCCACCCCUUCCUGCACCCGUUCCUGCGCCCGACAACGACACUACGGCGCCGCACCAGUCAGCCAACGCUGCUUCCCCAGAGGUCUUGGCGAAGCCAGUUGAAUACAAGCCCCAGACCGCAGCCAUGAGAACAAAACAAUUCUUGGAUGAUCGAAAACAUGCAAAGGAAGUCUUGAAGCACGACCUCCUGAAUGAAGCAACUCGAAACCAGGAUGAGUGGUUCAACAAGGCCCUUGCCGAAGGGCAGUCAGGCCAAACAGUACCAGUAGCAACACCAGCCAGGGCAGCCGCACUUGUGCACAUGCCACCAACAGCUGAGGUUACGGUAACACUGCCUCGCGCUGAUGAGGCGUCAACAAACCAAACUAUGGAAGUUGAAAGCCAAACACUGGUAGUUGAAAGCCAAACACUGGUAGUUGAAAGCCAACCAGGUGGACAGCAAACAUUGGUAGCUGAAGGUGCAGCCGCUCAAGCACCAUCAAUGUUUGAAGAUCCAACCACACACAGCACUAUGGCCUCUGCACCAGUCCCCCCAGCCCCUAGCCAGCAACACACUGAGCAUCAGCAGCUGAAGCGUGGACUGUGCAUCAUAGAGGACUCUGAUGAGGAGUGCAAGGGAGGUGCCCAUGGUGAAGGUGCCAAGGAAUCCGUGGACAAGACCGUCUUGGUUGAUGAGUUGCAGGCAAUACUCAACGAACUCAACUUGUCUGGUGGCUCUCCGAAUCCUUUGCUACAAACCUGCCCGGCUUUGCAAAAGCUCUUCCGCCCAGCCACUGAUGGUGAAAGUGUGGCGUCAACUUGGAAAACCUGAUCCCCACUGCCGUGAACUUGAGCAUUUGAAGAUCAUCUUGGGCUCUGCGCAUUGUGAAGCCCUUGUGCGGUUCCAAAAGACGCAAACGGCUUGAGAUAGCCCUUAAGUGCUGAUCCGCGGGACCAUUUUUGAAUGUGGUGGCUUUAGGACGCCUUUCCAUGGCC